AUGCGAUGUUCCGACUAUAAAAAUGAAGGGAUGACAAUUGUUAUUGUUUUCGGUUGUCUCCUGAACAUUAUUUUAUGUUCGUUUUACUCUUUAAAAAUAGCAACAACAACAUUGACAACUACGACUUCAUCAAGUUCAACAUCAACAACUAGCACUUCGACAUUAACUGAUCGUACCUCAACUUCCAGUACUAGUACUUCGACAACGAGCACUGCUAGCACUAGUACUUCGACAACAAGCACUGCUAGCACUAUACUAGUACUAGUACUUCAACAACGAGAACUGAUAGCACUAGCACUUCGACCUCAACUUCCAGUAGUAGUACUAGUACUUCGACCACAACUUUCAGUAGUAGUACUAGCACUUCGACUUCAACUUCAAGUAUCUCAACUAGCAGUACUAGUAGUAGCACAUCAACGACGAGUACAACGAGCACUAGCACAUCAAGUUCUAGUACAAGUACUUCAACUUCUACUAGUAGUACUAGUACAUCAACUAGCAGUACUACUAUUACUUCAACUACUAGCACUACUACAACUUCAACUACGAGUACUUCUACCACCUCAACGAGCAGCACUAGUACUACUUCAACUACAAGUACAUCUACAAGUAAGACUAUUUUUAUUAGCUACGACGACAACGACGACUACACGCUGCUUUGAUAAAUGUUAUCAAAUAGACUGUGAAAGAGGCUAUACAUGUGAGAUAAAUUGUCCUAAUACAACUUGUGCAACACCAACUAUAACAUCAACAAUAUCAACAACAUCUGUUAGUUUAUCGACAUCAAGCUGUCAAGAACUUGAAGCUGAAUUAACACGAGUAAAAUUAGGUUUAGGUCUUGGUUUAGGUGGUGGUAUGGCAGCAACUACUGGAUUAGCUGUUGGUACUUAUGUUUAUUUUUCAAGACAGCUGGCACAGUAUACAUUGCCAUCAUCACUAGGAGCGGAACAUUUCACUCGAUUUUAA